AAAAAUCAGUUUAGUUUAGACUUUAAUUACGAAUUUUCCUAUUAUUUUCUAAUUGGAAGUCAAAAUUUGAUAAAUUUCUGUUUAUAUAAAACAUGCAUUUAAUACGGCAUAGAAUAUGAACCCAUCGUAAAGCCAGGGAGAAAAAAUGGAAGUUACAAGUGGUGCAGAGGAAGGUUUUGUACGAGAAUGGACACCUUGUUCACAUAUUUUGAGCUUGAUACCACCAAAAAUCCAAAAUGGAAUAUUUUCUAAUGAACUGUGCUUGACCUGUGUUGAUGCUGUUAGUGAAUAUAUAGCUUUAGGAACGAAUGUUGGACUGGUGUAUUGGUAUGAUAGGAAAAAAGGCAAUAUACAACGGCUUCGCUGUGAGGCUUCUACAUCCCCCAUAACUUUUGUAAAGAUAGUAAGCACAGUGGAUUAUAUGGUUGGAGCAGGUAAUGCAACAGGACAAGUUACAGUAUUUCAAAUUCCUAAAGAGCAUCCUGAAAAUGUUCCUGAUACUUUUAAGCCUAAAGUAGAACCCAAAGUUGAAAGGUAUACUAUUGGAGACCUACAUAAAAGUAAAAUAACUUCAAUUGAAUGGUCUAAAAAUGGAAUGAGACUGUUUUCUGGUGACAAAGAUGGUGUAAUUAUUAUGACUGAAAUUGAUUUUUACAUGCACUUAUGCAAGUCAAUGGAGAUAGUGAAUGAACAACAUGAGAUCGUACAAAUGAGUUACUAUCAAAACACUUUAUUAGUGUCAAGCAAGUACCGCAGCAUAGUGUGUGAACGACGAGACAACCGGUGGCACGUCAGCCAACUGGGCAAAAAAGAAAGAAAAAGUUUGUGCUCCUUGGGUGCGGUUUUCCAGUACUCAUAUGCGCAGGGCGGAGCUGCAAACGCAUACUGCGCACGCGCAGGUCUGAGGCUUUGGCGAGCCGAUCGGGCCGGAAAUGUUCUUCAGACAUUGUUAUUCAAGGAAGCCAUCUCCAACCCUCUAACAGUGGCAGAGCUCCUGAACCCGUCUCAAAAGAAGCACAGUCAUGCGGAGCAGGAGUACAACUUUGGUCCCUUACACGUGUUCCGCGAACAUUUUUUGGUCUCGCACAACGAACACUUCCUCUAUGUCUUGGACCCGAGGUCGCUCACUGCCGUGGCUGUCGUUGACGACCUUAGACGUAUCCUGUCGGUAUCCGUGAACAAGGAAGAAAUUUUCAUCCUGGAAGGGGAGAGGUCUCUAGUGCGUCUGGCACAUAAGCCGGAGCCAGCGACGCUUGCGCAAGACGAGCCGAUAAUGUCCAAAUCGCUCACAACGCUCCAGCAAGCGGUGAAUACAGUAUAUGACCUCACACACAUCGACCAAGCAGUGCCCUACGUCACAAGCGUUCUUGAACAGCCUAUAGCCAUGUUCACGCGCAACGAGACUAUAGACAACGUACCGAACGGAGAAGAAUGUUUCGAACUCCCGCCAAUAAAACAUCUACCGCGUGACAUAUCUGACAAUGUUUUAGAAUCUAUUAUAAACGAGUUUAGGGACGUGUCAAGUGAUGUAGAAGAAAUCAGACGGGUUAAAUCUGAGGAACUGCAAAGGAAGUUGAAGUUGUAUAAUAGCAUAAUGGAGAAAAAGUAUGAUGAUGAGCUGAUACACAGUAGACGCAGUCGGAGGAGGGAUGCAGGGUCCGGUGGCAGUACCCCAAGGUUGAUGACCCCAGUACGAAGUCGGUCUAGGAGCAGAGAUGUCAGCUACACCACUCCUUGUGUAAUGAAUGUUAGUAUAUAUGGGAACAAUCCAGAUCAAAACGAUGAACAACUUGAGAAGCAAAUAGAAGAAAAAGAGAAGAUAUUAGCGAAAAUGUUGAACUUAGAAUCUCUUAGUAUCAAGAGUCCUGAAAGCAAUGUCACCUACGAGGAACCAAUCUACAAGCCAAUAGAGACAAAAGAAAGUAAAUUUAUGGUCAAAGAUGUCACCAAAACAAUAGACGAUAAAAAUGAAAUACUGGAUACUAACAAGCCCAUAGAUAAAAAAUUAACACAGAUUAAAAAAGUCGAUAUGAAAUCGGAAAAACCAAUGAGUAAAGUCGACAAAAUAACAGAUUUGGUUCCAAAACUAAUGCAGAUGCCCAAUAAUUGGAAUUUAGAGAGUAUUGAGCUAAGAUUAGAAAUGAAAAAUGGAGUUAAAGACGGCUUAAAUUUGCUCUCUCCUGACGACCAUUUAGAUAGCGAAUGGGAGGUAAUUUAGAAUUUGCUAUUAAUUUGAAAUCACAUAUAACGGAAACGAUUAUGACAAGAUUAGACACGAGUGUUGCUAUCGCAAUUAUAAUUUCUAGAUCUUAUGAUUUUUAAUAACUUUAAAUUUAUUGACUAAAUAUAUGAAAUAGUUUUUUUAUAUGUUAAUGCUUGUUUUAAAUUGUGUUAUGAUUAUUAAAAAUUAAAAACAAAAUAUAUAAAUUCACUUAGUUAUAGCACGAGGUUAAAAUAUAUACAGACUGCACAAAAUAAUUUCUGAAAUAUAUUGUGUCAUGACCAAGUAAUCCAAAUAAUAAAGUAAUUGGCGUAAUAUUUACAAUGUAUAAAUUAUAGAAGUAUUCAUAGUUAAUUAAACCUUAUCAUCACACGCGUACGUUUAUGUAUUGUACGCCAGUAAUUUUAUAUGACGCAAACGAAGGUGCAUUUAUAAGAGGCUCUUAAAAAUAAGCCACAAGUAAUAAUAGUUAGUGGGUAAAAAAAGGAACAAAUUUUCGAACAUUAUUUGAAGUAUCGUUCAUUUCCAACCUCAUUAAAACUGUUACGUUAUACUCACAUUAGUAUUAUAAUCAAGAAAGCUUUUCGAAAAACAACGAAAAGUGGCAACACAGUGUAGGAGGCACCGCUAGAAUGCAAUGUAAAAAUAAACUUGACAGCCUGCUUAUAAUUAAAACUAACAGUUUAUUCCAGAAGUGUUUAGAUAUUACAAUUAAUUGUAGUUAAAAUAAAAAUAUUCCCGAUUGUUAUUUUGAGUAUUGACAUAUUUGAAUGUCAAUUGUCAGAAU